AUGACCAUGUCCGUCGCUGACGCUCACGCCCUCAUUAAGACCAUCCCCGAUUUCCCAACGAAGGGUAUCGCGUUCAAAGACCUCAGCGACAUUCUUUCCACUCCAGCUGCUCUUGAUGCGGUAAGGAAAGAGGUGACGGCGCACUACAAGGACGUUCCGAUCACGAAAGUCGUUGGAAUCGAGUCUCGAGGCUUUAUCCUUGGGGGGAUUGUUGCAAACUCCCUUGGCGUCGGGUUUGUAGCUCUGCGAAAGGCGGGCAAGCUCCCUGGAGAUGUCUGUAAGUGCACCUUUGAUAUGGAGUAUCAGAAGGGGGUGACCAUUGAGGUCCAGAAGCGUCAGCUUGGCCCACAUGAUGUCGUGCUCCUUCACGACGAUGUGCUUGCAACCGGCGGGACGCUUCUCGCCGCCAUCGAGCUUUGCGAGACUGCAGGAGUGAAGCCUGAGAACAUUUACAUCAACGUUCUCUAUGAAAUCGAGGCCCUUAAGGGUCGUGAAAAGGUGGGGCAGAAGUGCACCCGUCUCUUCUCUGUCAUCAGAGAGUAA